AUGGCAUCAAAGUUCGCAGUCAGGUCCUUGGACCAUUUUGUCCUCACAGUACACUCCAUUCCAGAGACAGUUGCCUUCUACACGACGCAUUUGGGGAUGAAGCACGAAGUCUUUACCUCACCCGCCAACCCCGCCAUUGAAAGGCAUGCCCUCCUUUUCGGAAGUCAGAAGAUCAAUCUUCACCAAUCAGGCAAGGAGUUCGAGCCGAAAGCGCAGAAUGUCAUGCCGGGGAGCGGCGAUCUGUGUUUUUUGACUGACGAGAAUGUGGAGAGGGUGUUGCAGGCUUUCCAAGAAGCAAAGAUCGAAGUCCUGGAGGGAGCCAAGAUCGUGGACAGAAUUGGGGCAGUCGGGAAGCUUCGGAGUGUUUAUGUGAGGGACCCGGAUGGGAACCUGAUUGAGGUUUCAAACUACUCGUAA